AUGCUAGGCCUAGAAGAUGGUAAGGCAAUAGAUCUUUCCUUCCCAGCUGCAGAGUUACCUGAAUUUGAUAUCAAUUCCCAGAGUUCUUCCCCAACGAAGAGAACAUUGAACAAUAAAAAAGUUCUCGAUACGACUUCCUACUAUAAUGGUGGUUGGGAAAAAGGUGAAGCUACUGGAUUACCGCUAGCGGCUCCAGCAACUCCAGCAACUCCGGCAACUCCGGCAACUCCAGCAGCGAUUCCAAUUCUCUCUAUGAAUGAAAACAGAUUGAGGAGAUCUCCUCAAAGGAUGGGAGCCAAGAACACCAAGUCGAGCUUGACAGGAUCUCCUCAUCGUAAGGGCCCCAGAUCAUCGAAUCUGCAGGCUAGAGGCCCACCCAAAUACAAGGAGAUUAGUAGUAUCUACGAGUUAGAAAAAGUGGAUCCAGUUAAACAAGAAAACAAUUUCACCAACAGGUAUUUCUCAGAUCCGGUGGAUCUCGAUAGCGCUAGAUCUGAUGAUGGUAGAUUGAAACCAAUCAUUAAUACCGCCUCCAAAAAUGGUAAGUCUUAUCCAGGUAAUAAGAUUUAUAAACUGUCGAUCCCCUUAUUGGUUUGCCAAGAUACCCAUAGAGCCUUAAAGAAUCAAAUCGAGAGGGUCUAUAGGUCCAAAUACCAUUCUUAUCAACCAUUGUCUCUAUUUGGUGAUAUGAGUAUUCGUUACUAUCGGUUGGAAGAUUUACAAUCCAGAUUUAUCGAAUUUUUACAAAAGCCCAGAAAACCUCAACCACCGCUACAAGUUGCACGUUCACUAAAUGGUACGGGUGCUCUCAAUGAUAGUUUUGAGUUGAGUUUUGAUGGUAAAGCGCUCGAUCGCAGUGACAUUUUUCGAAUGGUUGAUUCGUUUAGCGUAGCGCUUUCAGAUGAUGAUGCAGAAGAUGAAAGUAGUUUUGUCAAUUCUUCAGGUAGAAACAUUCUGCCAGCCGAAAUGACAGGCACAGUUUUCUGA